AUGCGCCACUCCGACACCAACGAGCACUUUCCCGACGGCGGCCUCAGAUCAUGGCUGGUGGUGUUGGGGUCCUCUCUCCUUGUGCUCGCCUCCUACGGCCUCAUGAACUCGGUGGGCGUGCUGCAAUCCCAUCUCGAGACCCACCAGCUUGCCAGCUACACAAGCAGCACCGUGGGCUGGGUACCGGGCCUGUACAUGUUCAUGAUGCUUGCCGGGGGCGUCUUUGUCGGACCGCUGUUCGACACCUACGGCCCCAAGGCCCUGGUCAUCGCCGGGUCCACCGUCUACGUCGUCGCCCUGUUCCUCACCGCGGAGUGUACCCAGUACUGGCAGUUCAUCCUCAGUUUCGGCAUCAUGGCGGGGAUCGGGAGCGCGCUGGUGAGUACGGUCGCGCUGGCCUGCGUGCCGCACUGGUUCCAGGCGCGCAUCGGGAUGGCGAUGGGGACGGCGUUGGUGGGUGCAGGACUCGGGGGCGUCGUGUUCCCCUUCCUUCUGAAAGCAUCCUUCGCGAGGUUCGGAUUCCGCUGGGGGAUGCGGAUUCUCGCCUUUGUGAUUCUGGCGGCCUGCGGGAUGGGGUCCUUUUUGGUGAAGUCGCGGUUGCCCAAGGGCGACAAGCUGAAGACGGCCAUCGAUGCGAGGUGCUUCAAGGACUCGAGGUUCUCGCUGCUCACGGUGGGGAUAUGGUUUCUCGAACUCGAAACCUUCGCCCUGCUCGGCCUCUUCCCGACCUACGUUGUGGCGCUGGGAUUCAGCGUGAAUACAAGUGUCAAUCUGCUCGUCGUCCUCAAUAUCUGCUCGGUCAUCGGGCGUCUUCUCGCCGGCCGCGUGGGCGACAUGUACGGCCGGCUGAACACCCUCCUAGUCCUGGUGUCGUCCGGCAUCCUGGCCAUUUUCAUCAUCCUAUACCCGUUCAGUCACUCGAUGACAGCGCUGUACUUUUUCAGCGCGCUGUACGGCCUCAGCUCCGGAUCCUUCCUCAGCCUCGCACCGGUGUGCAUCCGGCAGGUGUCGCCGGCAAAGGAGAUUGGGAUGCGCUUCGGGACCUGCUAUGCACUGGUGAGCUUUGCCGUGUUGAUCUCCAUACCCGUCGGCGGAGAAAUGCUCGAGAAAGUCGGAUCCCGCAUCGUGAUUGUCUGGCUGGGAUGCGUCCUUGUGUUAGCGAUGUUUCUUUUCUUGACGGCUCGAUGGGCAUGUUUGGAUUAUAAGUGGCAUUGGAAGAUUCGCGUAUGA